AUGUUGAGACAGCUCAGACAAUUUCCACGCGUCUGCUCCCAGGUGCGGGAGGUGGACAAGGAGAUGUUCGACAUUCUGCAACAGGAAAAAAGUAGACAAAAGAACUCGAUCACCUUGAUUCCUUCCGAGAACUUCACCUCCCGCGCCGUUAUGGACAUCCUCGGCUCGGAGAUGCAAAACAAGUACUCUGAGGGAUACCCAGGCGAGAGAUACUACGGUGGUAACCAGUUCAUCGACAUGGCCGAGAGCUUGUGUCAACAAAGAGCGCUCAAGGCGUUUGGUUUGGACCCUGCCCAAUGGGGAGUCAACGUCCAGCCUUUGUCUGGUGCCCCAGCCAACCUUUACACCUACUCCGCCAUCCUGGAGGUUGGUGACAGACUGAUGGGUCUGGACUUGCCUCAUGGAGGCCAUUUGUCUCACGGUUACCAAACCCCAACCACCAAGAUUUCGUACAUCUCCAAGUACUUCCAGACCAUGCCAUAUAGACUGGACGAGAAGACCGGUUUGAUCGACUACGACACUCUGGAAAAGACCGCCGUGCUGUUCAGACCAAAGGUCAUUGUGGCUGGUGCCUCUGCCUACGCCAGAACCGUGGAUUACGCCAGAAUGAAGCAGAUCGCCGACAAGGUCGGAGCCUACUUGAUGUCUGAUAUGGCCCACAUCUCCGGGCUGGUUGCUGCUGGUGUCACCGACUCUCCAUUCCCAUAUUCGGACAUUGUCACCACCACCACCCACAAGUCUCUUAGAGGCCCAAGAGGUGCCAUGAUCUUCUUCAGAAAGGGUAUCAGAAAGGUCACCAAGAAGGGUAAGGAGAUCCCAUACGAGUUGGAGAAGAAGAUCAACUUCUCUGUGUUCCCUGCCCACCAAGGUGGUCCUCACAACCACACCAUCUCUGCUCUCUCUGUUGCUCUUAAACAGGCAACCACCCCAGAAUACAAGCAAUACCAGUCUGAUGUGGUAUCCAAUGCAGCCUCUUUUGCUGACUCGCUCAAGCAGAAGGGACUCGACCUUGUUUCUGGCGGAACCGACACCCACUUGAUCCUCAUUGACCUGCGUUCCAAGGGCAUCGACGGUGCCAGAGUUGAGGCUGUUUUGGAGAGAGCCAACAUCGCUGCCAACAAGAACACCGUUCCGGGUGACGUUUCUGCUUUGUUCCCAUCUGGAUUGAGAAUCGGUACUCCUGCCAUGACUACCAGAGGUUUCCUCAAGCCAGAGUUCGCCAAGGUUGCAGACUACAUUGACCAAGCCAUCAAGAUUGCCAUUGAUCUCAAAGCCCAGGAGUCCGGAGCCACUCCAAAGGAGAAGCUUGCCGACUUCAAGCGUCUGGCCAGCGAGUCCGAGGCAGUCAAGAAGUUGGGUACCGAGGUCGUCGACUUUGUGUCCCAAUACCCUGUUCCAGGUGAACACUAA